CAGCGGUCCUACCGCUGGGUGCAGACUAUGGUGUUCGCCAUCAAUGAGAUCAAUCAGAAUGCAACACUGCUCCCCAACCUAACGCUGGGCUUUGGGAUUUACGAUACCUGUGGUGCCGUCCACCGAGGGAUAGAGGGCGCUCUGUGGAUGAUGAGUGGUCAGGAAGUCUUGGUGCCUGGGUACCGCUGCCUGCCUGGCACCCCCUUGGCUGCCAUCAUCGGAGAUGCAGGCUCUCGGAUUUCGCUGGCCAUCGCCCGAAUCCUUGGACUGUACAGCUACCCACUGAUCAGCUAUUUUGCGACGGUGCCCCAGCUCAGUGACCGGCGGCAGUUCCCCUCAUUUUUCCGGACAAUCCCUAGCGAUGUUUUCCAGGUGCAGGGGCUGGUCCGGCUGAUUCAACACUUUGGCUGGUCCUGGCUGGGGCUCCUGGCAUCGGAGGAUGACUACGGGCAGAUGGGCAGUCAGAUCCUGCAGAAGGAGUUGCUGCAGAGCGGGGCAUGUCUGGCCUUCCAUGAAACUGUGCCCCUGCUUUAUGACAAGAGGAAGAUACAACGCAUAGUACAGGUUGUGAAGAGUUCCUCUGCUAAAGCCAUCAUUGUCUUCACCUUUGAGUCCUUCCUGAUGCCCGUCGUAGUGGAAAUGGCACGUCAGAAUGUGACAGGCAAAGUGUGGGUCGCCACCGAGGGCUGGUCCACAUCGCACAACCUGGCAAACAGAGAGCUCCUGGAGACAAUGGAAGGAACCAUUGGGUUUGCAAUCCGCAGGGCUGAUAUACCUGGGCUCAGGGAACACCUACUGAGUGUGUCACCCAAUUCACCCACCGGCAGCACCAACCAAACUGAAGAGAACAAAAGCUUGGUCAAGUUGUUUUGGGAGGAGAUGUUUAAAUGCAAGUGGCCUGACAUCCAGGAUAACCUUGGAGGCUCACAGCAGCUUUGCACAGGCCAGGAGAAUCUUAGCCAGCUGGGCAUGGCUACAACUUACUCUGACGUUUCCAAUCUCAGAAUCAGUUACAAUAUCUACAAUGCUGUGUAUGCUGCUGCUCAUGCUCUGCACGACCUCCACUCCUGCAAGCCUGGGGAGGGACCCUUUGCUAAUGGAGGCUGUGCGAACAUCAGGGAUUUUGAACCUUGGCAGCUCCUCCACUACAUAAAGAAAGUGCGUUUCAACAAUAAUGCUAAAGAGGAGGUGCAUUUUGAUGAAAACGGCAUUUCGCCAACUCGCUAUGACAUCCUAAACUGGCAGAAGACCCCUACAGGUGACAUCCAGUAUGUAAAGAUUGGAAGCUUUGACUACAGUGCUCCAUCAGGACGAGACCUGGAAAUAAAUGAGAGCGCCAUCAUCUGGAAUGGAGGCCAAACACAGGCACCGGUCUCAGUGUGCAGUGAAAGUUGCCCCCCUGGGAGUCGCAAAGCAGCGCUCCGUGGUCAGCCUGUUUGCUGCUUUGACUGCAUCCCCUGUUCUGAGGGUGAAAUCGCCAACCACACAGACUCCACAGAGUGCCUGCACUGCCCAGAAGGUUCCUGGUCUAACAAGCAGCGGGACAGCUGUAUUCCAAAGGUGGUUGAGUUUCUUUCUUACACGGAGCCCCUGGGUGCUGUGCUGGCAUCUCUCUCUGUUCUCACCUCACUUCUGCCUGCCUCAACACUCGCUCUCUUCCUGUGGCACCACCACACGCCAAUUGUGAAAGCUAACAACCGUCAGCUGAGCUACGUGCUGCUGUGUGCCCUAGCGCUGUGCCCCUUGUGUUCACUAAUCUUCAUCGGUCAGCCUUCGCCCGCCUCCUGCAUGCUACGCCAGACAGCCUUUGGCAUCAUAUUUGCCCUCAGCGUCUCCUGCGUUCUGGCUAAGACUGUCCUGGUGGUGAUAGCUUUCAAGGCCUCCAUACCCGGCAGCAGCUUGCACCGAUGGGUAGGAACUCGAUUACCAAACUCCAUUGCUUGCUUGGGCACCUUAAUCCAGGUUGGUAUCUGCGGGACCUGGCUAGGUGCUGCCCCACCCUUCCCCGAAAAUAACAUCAAAUCCCAAAUUGGCAAAGUCAUCCUGGAGUGCAAUGAAGGCUCUGCAUUGGCGUUCUGGUGCAUGCUGGGAUACAUGGGCAUUCUGGCCAGCGUCAGCUUCGUAGUGGCCUUCCUGUCACGGAAUCUUCCGGAUAGUUUCAACGAGGCCAAGUUUAUCACGUUCAGCAUGCUGGUCUUCGUCAGUGUGUGGCUGUCCUUUAUCCCAGCCUAUCUCAGCACAAAGGGGAAGUACAUGGUUUCUGUCGAGAUAUUUGCGAUUUUGUCUUCGAGUGCAGGCCUUCAGGGCUGUAUCUUUUUCCCAAAGUGUUACAUUAUUUUACUGAGACCAGAGAGAAAUACACGUGAUUACCUCAUGGGCAAGGGACCAACAAGGUAAUAUGAUUAGGGGACAACCACGGGUUUACCAGGCUUUCCCCUUAUAAAAGUGUCCCACAAUAAAAGCAUAGCAAAGUGUAAUAAAGCACAGUGGUUAAAGCACAGGUAAGCAUUGUAAAGCACUUGAGGUAUGGUAAAGCAUAUUAAAAUACAUGGCAAACCAUGGUAAUUAUGCAUUGUAUAACUGCAAAAAUUCAGUGUAAAAAUAAUGUGGUAAGAGUCCCUUCUUUGAAACAGCUUAGCCUGGGAAUCUUACAAUACAAUUGCUAAUUGGCUAUUGGCACCAAGUUGUCAAUAUUACAAAACUGGUAAACUACUUUUUGCCCAUUUGAGUUGGUAAAAUAGUUUCUUGCUAGUUUUGAAAAAUUACCCAUUUGAUUUCCUCAUCGAAAGUUGUUAUUAUCAUGCUUUAUGUACAUACAAAGGUUUCCUAUUUGACUUUUUCUCAUAAAUUACAUUGAAUUUUAUUUGCAAGUCUACAAAACAAGUAGAGAAUCCGCAUGAAUCUGCGUGGGGAACUGCAGUCAGGAUGUCCCAGUCUUGUAUUGUGUAGCUACCUGGUUAAACACAAAUAGAACAUAUUUAUAUAGAUUGAAUUCAUUUAGAAGAUUCUGCUAGAUUCUAGAUAAAAUACAAUAUUUCAAUUUUAUUGUCUUCUAAGAUGUUGCAUGCAUCAAAUGAUUAGGGGGUAUGAGCAGUUUAAGCAGUACAGUGAGUUAAUGCUGUGUGGCUGAAGUACCACCAGUGGAUUUUUGUUUUGACAUUAUAGUUUUUUUUAAAGAACAUUAGGGAAUGUACAAACAAAAAAAGCCAGUCAGACCAAUGAUCGUCCAAUUCCUAAUAGCUUAAAGGAUCCCAAUGAUU